CAUCCACAAAAAAGGAGUAUUGUUUGCAAACUCAUUGAAGCCUCCUGCAAAAUGAAGAACGCUGAGCUAGUCUUCAUUCCAGCACCAAUUAUAGGUCACUUUGUAUCCGCAGUAGAGGUAGCCAAGCUCCUUUUAGAACGUGACGAGAGGCUUUCAAUCACCUUCCUCGUCAUGAAAUCAAGUUUAAGCACCAAGAUUGCUCGUAGCUGCAAUGAUUCAGUGAUUGCAGCCUGCGGUCGUAUCCGGUUCAUUCACAUGCCUGACGUUGAGCUUGAUCCAAACCUAUCCAGCAGGUUUUUCAUUUCUUUGAUUGAAGCCCAAAAACCUCAUGUCAAAGAAGAAGUCUCUAAGCUUGUGAUUGAGUCCGAGUCAAGCCCUGACUCGCCUCGACUUGCUGGGUUUGUUCUUGAUAUGUUUUCUACAUCAAUCAUAGAUGUGGCCAAUGAAUUUGGUGUUCCCUCUUAUAUUUUCUUUACAUCUGCUGCAGCUUUUCUUGGUACUACGUUCUAUAUUCAGGCUCUCCAUGAUGAGCAGAAAGUUGACCCUACUGAGUUCAAGAACUCGGAUGUUGAAUUGGUCAUGCCGUGUUUGGCGAGUCCCUUUCCAGCAAAGGUUUUACCAUCUUCGGUGCUUGGCAAAGAUUUUCUGCCUCUUUUUCUUCGCCUGUUUAGAAGGUUCAGAGAAGCCAAGGGAAUUAUGGUAAAUACAUUUUACGAGCUGGAAUCUCAUGCGAUCAACUCAUUCUCUGAUGGUAAUUAUCCUCCUGUUUAUCCAGUUGGUCCCCUUUUGAACCUCAACGGCCAUGAACAUGAUGUGGUGUCAGAUAUUAGAAAAGAUAUUCACAGGGAUAUCAUGCAAUGGCUUGACCAUCAGCCUUCAUCUUCUGUAGUCUUCCUGUGUUUUGGGAGUAUGGGAAGUUUCGGUGUGGAGCAAGUGAAAGAGAUCGCAUGUGGAUUGGAGCAAAGUGGACACCGAUUCUUAUGGUCUCUACGUCAACCUCCACCAAAUGGCAAGAUGGAAGCUCCGAGUGAUUAUGUGAAUCCUGCAGAAGUCUUGCCUGAAGGGUUCUUAGAUCGAACAUCCGAGAUCGGAAAAAUAAUAGGAUGGGCCCCACAGGUGGAUAUCUUGGCUCACCCAUCUAUAGGAGGAUUUGUGUCGCAUUGUGGGUGGAAUUCUACGCUGGAAAGCAUAUGGUUUGAUGUUCCAAUUGCUACAUGGCCAAUGCAUGCUGAGCAGCAAUUUAAUGCUUUCCUAAUGAUUGUUGAGUUCGGCUUAGCAAUAGAAAUUCAAAUGAAUUAUAGAAAAGAAUUUUAUAUGGAUGGUUGUGAAAUUGUUAGUGCUGAGGAAAUAGAGAAAGGAAUAAGGGGUUUAAUGGAGUUUGACAUCAAGAAAAGGGAGAAGUUGAAGGAAAUAAGCGAAAAGAGUAGGAAGGCUUUGAUGAAAGAUGGAUCCUCGUACACUUGGUUAGGUCAUCUGAUUCAAGAUAUGAUAGACAACAUGGCAUGAGUGAAAUGUACUUGCUUUUCACAUUAUCUAAUAAACAACAUUUGUUGAUCUA